AUGUUUACCACCAAAAUAUCGCCUCGUUCUCCUAAAGCCAAUAUCGAGUAUCCUUUGGAAGAGGAGUACCCACUGGCACCUAAUUUUAAAGAGGAACCAGUGGAUCCACUGAGCCCUCACAUUAAGGAGGAAGAGGAGUACCCACUGACACCUCAUUUUAAAGAGGAACCAGUGGAUCCACUGAGCCCUCACAUUAAGGAGGAAGAAGAGGACCCACUGAGCCCUCACAUUAAAGAGGAAGACCCACUGACCCCUCACAUUAAAGAGGAAGAGGAGGACCCACUGACCCCUCACGUUAAGGAUGAAGAGGAGGACCCACUGAGCUCUCACAUUAAAGAGGAAGAGGAGGAACGCAGCAUCAGUCAGCAGGGAGAGUAUCUUGAAGGACUGGAGGAGGUUGAUGUCACCAAGAUGCCAGUGACUGGUGUCCCUGUGAAGAGUGAAGAUGAUGAGGUCAAAGGUGAGAGUGAGGAGAAGAGAGAGGCGGAGCCUCCAAGCAGCAGCUCAACACAACACAUGACAACAGAAGCUGAUGGAGACCACUGUGGAGGAUCACAAGCAGACAAGAUCUUAGCUCCACUAUCAGAUAACAUCCAUCAGCUGAUUGGACACCAAGAAGAAUGUCUCCCUCAUCUGCAAGGGGACAGUUUCACUUCAGAGGAUCCACAGCCCCCCUAUUUUAAAGAGGAAGAGGAGGGAGAGUGUGUUGUAGGGCAGAAGGAGGAUGAUGUCAGCAAGUUUCCACUGACUGUCGUCUCUGUGAAGACUGAAGAGCAUGAAGACAAAGCACCUGAGUCCUCACAGCUUCAUCACAAAAGUACUGGGGGUUAUCUUUCUUAG